GUUGGCAUAGAUAUUGCAUUGCUCAAUAUGAGUGAAUUGAGAGAUGAACAUAGAUUGGUGAUCUGCAUAGGUGACAUCCAUGGAUACUACUCAAAGCUCAAAAAUCUAUGGCGCAAUCUCAAAUUUCAAACAAACCCAUCUCAAUUUAAAAAAGCUUUAAUCAUAUUUCUUGGAGAUUAUUGUGAUAAGGGUCCAGAUACAAAUAAAGUGAUCGAUUUCCUAAUUGAUCUCCCUUCAAAAUACCCGAAUCAAAAGCAUGUGUUUCUGUUAGGGAACCAUGAUUUUGGGUUUUCGGCGUUUCUAGGACUACUUCCACCACCUUGUGAUGGGUCGGAGUUUAAGGAAGGAUGGAAAGAGAUUGGUGUAUGUAAUGAGGAGAAUGAAGGAUGGUAUUGUGGUGAAGGGUAUGAAAAUAUGCAUUUCCAUGGAAGAAGGUGGGCUGGGAUGAAGUUGAAUAAAGAAGGCACGGGUACUCAGUAUAAGGGCUCUGUUUAUAAUGCUGCCCCUACUUUUGAGUCUUAUCAAGUUCCUCAUGGCUCUGCUGAAUUGAGGAAAGUAGUGCCUGAUGAUCACAAGAAGUUCAUUGCUAAUUUGGUUUGGGUUCAUGAAGAGGACAAUGUUUGGAUUGAAAGCGCGGAGGGGCAAAAGAAGUGUAAGCUGAUAGCAGUGCAUGCUGGAUUUCAGCAAAAUAAACCAGUGGAAAUGCAACUGAAGCUCCUGAAAUCUAAGGACACCUCCAAACAAUGGUUAAAAUGUAUUCAAGACAAGGAUAGUGUUUGGGAUAUGCCAGAGGAACUGAAAGAACAAUCAACAAUUGUGGUAAGUGGUCACCAUGGAAAGCUUCAUAUUGAUGAGCUGAGGCUUAUAAUUGACGAAGGAGGUGGCCGUCAGAACAAGCCAUUGGCGGCUAUCAUCCUCCCAUCCAUGAAAAUUGUCCGCGACACUGACUUUUCAGAUGGAAAUCAAAUUUGAGUACUGAGUCAUGCAUAUAUUAUGUCAGAUUUAGGCAUGAAGCUGAUCUUCUUUAGUGCAACAUAUCAAUACUAAAAGUCAUCAGAUACUAGUCAAAAACCGUCUUAUAAUAUAAUGAGACAAUUUCAAAGCAAAAAUAAUUAUAUUUUAAUAAUUUGUAAUAAAUGAGUUAUUUAAUCUGUGUAUAAAGCGUCUCACAAUCACAAUAACACGUAACGAGGCCAACAACUUUGGUAAGUUAUUGAGCUUUGUUAUCUUAAUGGGCCUUGUGGCUCUUUGGUGUCUCGUGUAAUUAUUAUUAAUUUUCGAAGCGUUUCUAUAUUCAAGUCUAUUAAUUUACUAAAUACCAUGAAAUAGUGAAAUAUGAAAUAUUUGUCAAUGCAUUAA